AUGCUCAUGAUACUGGGUGGCCAUUACAUGGGCUACUUCCAGCUACGAACGCUCAACCAUCACAUAUCAACGUUCAGAAAUUUACGUUGGCUGAUCCUAUCGAAACUGCUCAGUGCCAUUUCAAGAAGUUACUGCGUAGAAGCAGUCGAUGGAACAGUCUUUAACCUCGUUCGUGGGCUGGUAUUGCCCUUUGCAGUUGGACUGUCAGCACUCUUCUUGACGCCGCCAACCAGGACAAGUCUCCUUCCCAUUGCCGUUAUUUGUCUUGGCUUCUACUUUGGCACAGUCUCUGAACAUACAGAGAUACAAGAUAUUGGCGGACAUUAUGGCCUUGCAGUGGGCGUACUCUCCUCCUUCUUUGCAGCACUCGAUCUGACUGUCACAAAGAGCACAUUGGAUGACUACUCCUUGUAUGAUUUGCUCUACGUGACAAACAUGGCAGCUGUAGCUGCUACGUUACCCAUGAUUCUGCUCGGCACAGAGUAUACGGAUCAUCUUGUCAUCUCUGCCAUGACAAACGGGGAAACGGCAGGCCUUCGCUCAUUCAUGCUCAAGGCCUCGGUGUGUGGCAUCUUGACCUUUUUCGCUGCCAUCCUGGCUCUUGUCCAGCUGAAGCUGACUUCACCAACGACCCAUCAAAUCACAACAGGUGCACGAGGCGUCCUUCAAAGUAUCUUGAGUGUUAUGAUUCUCGGCGAACGGUUAGAAAGGCCGCAGAUGGUGUCCAUCUUGGUCAUCACAGGAGGCACCAUUGGGUAUGCGUAUCAAAAGGAGCGGGAGCAUUCACGUUCGCAACGGACGUAUCAGCAUCUGAGGGAGAAGACAAGUGAUAAAGUCUGA